AUGCGGGUCGCACUGCCUCAGCCGGUCGCACUGCCUCAGCCGGUCCCUCGGCGCUGGUUGCGCAGUGCGAUUCCUCUUGCUGUCUUCACACUACUGCUUGUUUAUCUCUGGGAUCGGAGCCUCCGUGCCCUCUCAGGCUGCAGCUCUGGGGCCCAGUCCUGCAUUGCCAGGGAACCGCCUCCUUUCCAGGUCCCGCAACAGUCGGGACCCUUGGAGGCCCCGGAAUGGGAAGAGCCUCAGUGUCUGGGCCCUCAGGGGAUGCUGGGCCGCAUGAUGAGGCCGUUCCGCGCCAGUCUGAACUCGGAAAGGGAUGUGGAGUUGUCGCAGUACCUAGCAGGAUGGAGGGAGCUAGUCCGGUUCCUAACUCCCCUCGGCUCCAUCUUCGCGUUUGCCACAAGUGAGGCCUCCGCCAAAGUGACAGCCCUCGAGGCUCUGGUGCGCGGCCCAGAGGCCGCGCACUACAAGUCGCUGGCGACCAUGGUGGCGUGGGAGCGGCCCGGGAUCGCCCCACGACUCUCGGCCGAGUCCCCGGGCUCACUGACGAUGCUCUUACUGCACCGUGCGCUACGCUGGUCCCAGCUCUGCCUCCACCGGGUGGCGACCGGGAUGCUCGGAGGCCCGGACGCUGGCGCUCAGUGCAGCGACGCCUACGGCACGGCCCUGGCUCCGCACCACCCCUGGAUCGUCCGUCAGGCCGCCCACCUCGCAUUCCUCGCCUUCCCGGGUCGCGGCCGCUUGCUCGAGCUGGCGUGUCCGGGUUCCAAAGAGGCGGAGGCGCGGAACGCGCUGGUCCGGGCCGCGGGCACCCUAGAGGACGUCUACAACCGUACUCAGGGAUUGCUGGCCGACGGCGGCCUGCUCGAGCUGGCCUGA